CUUUGAAUUUCAAGCUGAAUUUGAACCGCUGAAUUUGUGGAAGCGAAUUUUUAAAUCGAAAUAAUAUGGACUGAAAAUUAUCCGUCGAAUAUUAAAGGUUGUAUUUAAAAACAAGUUGAAUUUUUUUAAUGAAAUUUAAAAGGUGAAUUUAGAUUUUUUAAUUUUUAAACGGUGAUACCGAGUGUGAAAUGUUUCAAUUUGAAAUAUUCACAGCUUAAAUGUACAACCAUAUUGAAUUGCAGAACCUUAAAAUGCAAGAACUGUUAAAACAAUGCAUUUUUUUCAGUUAGUGCUUUUCAGCACGUCUCUUUGCUUCAAAAACAUUAGUCACUAUUUUACUUCCAUAGAAAUGGCUUUUCUGUCAUCAUUUAUCAAAGAUAAAAGAUGUUAUUCUAUGAAUCCGGUAAAACAAUUAUAGCAGUACAACGGUGGGAUGGUGAAACAAAUAACAAUGCCGUCCCUCGUGCAUUAUAGAUAACAUGCAACAUGGUUAUUAAAACAACCCGGUUAUUUCCCAAGAUUUUAAAGUGAACGAGCUCUGUGAUUUUCACGUAGAACUACCUUAAAUUAUAUCACAUUAGCGAACGCAAUUAUUAAACCUAAAUGUUUGAAUGUGUGAAUGUUUUUUAAGUCUACAACCAUCUUAAACUGCGGCCUUGAUUUUUCUGUACUACGUGUAAAUAAUAAAGUAUUGUACUUUGUUGAGAAAUGACACUGUUGUUAUGUAAAAGGGGAGAAUACUUAUCAUUCCGUGUUUUUUUGGCGAAUAUUACAUAACUCUAAAUAAUGUAAUAGCUUUGCGAUAUCUGAUGCGCAACGUCACAUGAUUCCCUGAUCACGUGUCUCUCUGCGCCCUGCCCGUCUCCUGACACCCUCUCCCGCUUCUCCGCAUCACAACAUCACGUCGGUGAUAUCGGCUUUACAUCGCAACAUCACGCCAGCAUAACCAACCCUUAAUGUUAUCACUACAUCAACAGUAUUUAUCAUCGAUAUAUAUCCAGCGCGGUUUCGCGAUGGAUGCGCAGAACGGAAGCUGAGGGAGGAUGUCAUGGAAACAGAUGCGUAAAUAAGCGCAUCCCGUGCCAUAGGUACCCAUAACCCACACCUCCAGAGGUAUCAAAGCUCUCAGGUGCGGUUGCCAGGUCAUCAUCAGAAUCCCUAAAUUCUUACAAUUUUUAUGCUGCCAGAUUUGUCUUUCAUUCGUUCUCAAAACUAGCUUUUGAUUUCUAACUCGGUAUUUCUCCUGAAGAGGUGUCUGAAGAGGUUAUGAUUCUCAGAAAGCAUCCCUGUGAAAAGGCGACAUGAACUUCUCACCAAUUCUCUCACUUGUGUCGCUGUUUUGGAUCAGAGCAUCAGGAGAGUGCUGGCAGGCGGCUACCUAUUCGGAGAGUGUGGUGUCCCCAGAGAUGAGGAGCAGCAGUAUUUUGAGGGUCCCGGAGGUGUCAUCUUUGGCCCAAUGCGCAGGAGCCUGCUGUGAUCUCCCGGGUUGUGACCUGGCCUGGUUUUUUGAGCACCGCUGCUUUGUGCUAAGUUGUCAGCGCAAAGAAAACUGUCAGCCGAAGCAGAGACCCGGUACUGACUCUCUCCUUGCCUUCCUGCAACGUGGGACUCCGCAGACUUCAGUUCUGGAGUCCUUAGUACGAGGAGAUUCUUUCCCUAACCACUGGCGACCUCUGCCCCGGCACAGGGGCUCUGAAGACCCCAUGGAGGAUCUGGCCUUGCUGGAUGGAAUUCGGGAUUUGGACUCCACCGAUGCUGAGUAUGCUGAGAGUAUUCGAAGUUUGGAAGACAAAAGAGUCGACAGGGUUGAAGAUGGGGAUGGUGCAGCGCUAGAACAGGAAGAACGCCCAGGAGUGUAUGAAUGGCCACUUGUCCAAAGAAGAGAAUUCAACCAAACGGAGACAGAGAGAGUUGAGGGAGGACUGACAGCAUUGCAGGACUCUCUCGAAAGCAACACCUUGACCCCAAGUCACUUACCUGAAUUAAGAAAUGAAAGUAAAUUGUCUGUAACUGAAGCAGAACCCACUGGUUCACCUUUAUCAACUACUGUGCUCGUCGUGAAGGCUGAAGAAGACCCCAACAACAUUUCAUCUGUUACUGAGCCCAGCUUGCUGCAAUAUGUCAGCACAGAGACUCUGAAGUUAAGAAGACUUGGUACUUUCUUUACAACUCAGACCAGCACUGAACCCACAUCACCUGUGAUCACAGAAGAGCCAGGUACAGUGAAAACUCUGGCUGUGUCUAUUGGAGACCCAACUGAAGUGACGCAGCCUCAAAACACCAUAGAGUUUACGGCGUCAGUCAAUCCAGAAGAUACUGCAGCGGUGAAUGUAAACAUGCCUCCUAAAGCCAUCGCAAUGCCCAAAAGCCAGGAUGUGUUUCUCCAGCCUGGCGCUGUUUUCAUCAUCAAUGCCAGCCAAAGCUUGUAUGAUGCUGGAAUAGUCAGUUACCUGUGGGAGAAGGUGAACGGCCCUGUAUGGAAACCCGAGGGCCCUGUUGACACACCUGUACUCCAGCUACACAACCUUUUACCAGGAGAAUACACCUUUAGGUUGACAGUUUCUGAUUCGAAAGGGCUGACUGACUCCACCACUGCCACCAUAAGGGUCAAAACUCCAAAAGACGACCCUCCUCGGGCCGGAGCAGGCCAUGACCAGGUCAUCACUCUACCUCUCAACCAUCUCACCCUGUGGGGUAACCAAAGCACAGAUGACAAUGGAAUUAUCAGCUUCUUCUGGACUCUCCAUCCCAGCAGCCUGACCCGAGAGGUUACCAUGCAGGGUGUGAGAUCACCCUACCUGCAGCUUUCUGACCUCCAGGAGGGUCGGUACACAUUUCAGCUCACAGUUACUGACACCAGAGGUCAACAAGGCUCAGAUACCAUCUCAGUCACGGUGCUGCCUGCAAACAGGGCACCGGUCGCUAUAACAGGACCAGACACGGAGUUCAUUCUCCCCGUCUCCACCAUCACAUUGAAUGGCAGUGGCAGCACAGAUGAUCAAGCUAUCUGCAGCUUCCAAUGGGACAUGCUCAGUGGCCCUCCAGGCUCAAGGGUGAAGGAUGCCAACAAACCUGUCGCUAUAGUAAUGGGCCUGAGAGCUGGGAAAUACAAGUUCAGGCUGACAGUGAAAGAUGAGCAGGGAGAAACAGACAGCGCGGUUUUGACCACCUCUAUCAAAGAAGCCAAAAGCCUGCCGCUAGUUGCCCAUGCUAGCGGCAGCCACACCCUGACUUUACCCAACAACUCACUGGUCCUCCGGGGCUCCGUGUCCAACAGCGGAGUGGCGAAUGUGUCUUUUCUUUGGGUUAGAGAUGAACAGAGUCCUGCUGCAGGGGAAGUUUUAUAUGGUUCAGAUCAAGAGGCCUUUCUUUACCUGGCCAACCUGGUGGAGGGAACAUACCUGUUUCAACUCCGGGUCACUGAGGCCAUUGGCCGGUCAAGCACGGCCACAGCUACCAUAGAAGUGCGUCCCGAUCCUCGCGAGCGAGAGGAGGUGGAGCUUGAGCUGCUGGUGGGCGUGGCUCAGGUCAGUCAGCAGCAGCAGGACACAGUGGUGAGACAGUUGGCUGCUCUUCUGCAUGUUCUGGAUUCAGACAUUGGACUGAAGGGUCUGCAUGGCCAGUCAGACAUCAGCACAGUGUUUAGGUUAUCAGUACAGGGUCCCGAUGGAACAAUCCCAGGCCCUAAACUCACCCGGCUCCUAAGAAACCAGCUGUUACACGAGAAGACUGACUUCUUACUCUUCAAGGUUCUGCGAGUGGACACAGUCAUGUGCUUACUGCUCUGUUCUGGACGUGGCCAGUGUGACCCCAUUACAAAGAGCUGUUCCUGUGACCCCCUCUGGAUGGAGAACCCCAUUCGCCGUUUCCUUGACGACGGCGAGAGCAACUGCGAUUGGAGCGUAUCGUAUGUCACCAUCUCUUGUUUGGUGACAGUCAUGUUCUUCUUGUCUGUCAGCUGGGUUUGCAUCUGCUGCUGUAAAAGAGGUAGACGGCGAACAAAAUUAAGGAAGAAAACCAAGUACACAAUACUAGACAACAUGGACGAGCAGGAGAGAAUGGAGCUCCAGCCAAAAUACAACAUCAAACACAAGAGCACAGAGCACAACUCCUGCCUGAUGAUGUCAGAAUCAGAGCUGGACAGCGAACAGGAAAACAUUUUCAACUAUACAAGAAGCAGUAAACCCCGGAACAGAGCCAAUGGAGCGGUCCGAAACGGAGACGCAUUCAGCCUCUGCCCUGUUGAAGGCUGAGUCCCAGGUGAAAAAAAAAUUCAGGGUGGACUUGGAUCUUUUAAAAACAAGGACAGGGUGGAAAACUCCACUGUGCUGUUGAAAAAUCAUCUGAAAUUUUUCAAAACUGACCGACUUUUGAUUGCGAUUCGUCUUGUUAUGAAUCCCCAUUUGUUUACUGGAUGCAUUUUGACUUUGAUUUUCAAGUGCUAAUGUCAUAUUAAAUUAGAAUUUAGGAGCUGUGCAUUAAAUUCACAAUGUCCUUUAUUAUGCACUUAAUAAUGCUUGUAUGUUCAGUGAUGUGUUGCAAGCGAUUCGCAUCCAGUUUAAUUUGCUAUGGGGAGAAAUUGCAUAUUACUGAUGCAGAGAAAGCCAUUUACUUUAUGCAAAAUUAUUUAUUUAUUAACCAAUGUUAUGUAUUUAUUUGCCUGAUUGACAAGGAUUAUUUUGUCUCGUUUGAUAUAUGACUGAUCUAAAGUUUGCUUGAACUGAACAUGCAGUAGAAAGCCAUUUAUACUGAGUAUAAAUGUUUAUUUAUACCCAGUGUUUAUUUAAAUGUAGAGAUAUUUAUGAACAAACAUUAUCCAAUAAGCAGAUUUUGUCAUAUCUCUUAACAAGUUGAAAUUUUGUCAAGUUUUAAAUGUAGAAAUAAGAUUGUGGCCCUAUACAGAGAUAUUUAUUUGUAGUGGCUGUGUGCUUGUGACAACAUCUGUGGGUUGACUGUCUGUAACAGAAUUAAAGGUUUGUUUUUGCACUUCAA